GAGUAGGGAUAGGAGCGUCAAAGUUAAAAACGCAGACAGACUGAAUCUGCAGGGUAGCCGCUGUUACUGAGUCGAGAUAAAGAGGGUAUAAACAUGGGUAACUGGAUUAUUAACAAUGGACUUACAUCCUUCAUACUGGUGGUCUGGAUGGCCAUAAACAUCUUCAUUUUCGUCUGGUUUUACCAAUUAUACGAUUUGAGUGAUGACUUUUUCUAUACGCGUCAUCUGUUAGGGUCUGCCUUGCCCUGGGCCAGAGCUCCUGCUGCUGUCCUCAACUUUAACUGCAUGCUGAUCCUCCUCCCGGUGUGUAGAAACCUGCUGUCGCUGCUCCGAGGCUCCUUCGUGUGUUGCGGCAGAACAAUGAGAAAACAACUGGACAAAAAUCUGAGUUUCCACAAGCUGGUGGCGUACAUGAUAGCUCUGAUGACAGCCGUGCACACAGUUGCCCAUCUGUUGAACGUGGAGUGGUUAAACAACAGCAGACGAGGAGUGUAUGAUAGACUCAGCACUGCUCUGUCCAACCUGUCGGACUCAGAAUCCACCACCUACCUGAACCCGAUCCGCAGAACAGACAUCAAUGCGCAGCAGACUCCAACCUACUUCGUGUUCACCUCCAUUGCCGGCCUCACAGGGGUCAUCAUCACUCUGGCCCUCAUCCUCAUCAUCACCUCCUCCAUGGAGGUCAUCCGACGCAGCUAUUUUGAAGUCUUCUGGUACAUCCACCAUCUCUUCAUCAUCUUCUUCAUUGGUCUUGUGUUUCACGGAGCCGGAUUCAUCGUGAGGAGACAAAAGAACACAAAUCCCUCGCACAACUUCACCUUUUGUAAAGAUCGCAGUGAUGACUGGGGAAAGAUUCCUGAGUGCCCUAUCCCUCAGUUUAUGGGAGGGCCAGCACAGACCUGGUGGUGGGUGAUUGGUCCAAUGGUUCUGUACAUCUGUGAACGUGUGUUGCGUUUCAUCCGUUACAUUCAGAGAGUGCAAUACAGAAAGAUUGUGAUGCAUCCAUCCAAAGUGCUGGAGCUGCAGCUGGUGAAGGACGGUUUUAAAAUGGAGGUGGGUCAGUACGUCUUCCUCAACUGUCCGGCCAUCUCCCAGCUGGAGUGGCACCCGUUCACCAUGACUUCUGCCCCCGAGGAGGACUUCUUCAGCGUCCACAUCCGCUCGGCCGGGGACUGGACUGACAAACUAAUAGACAUGAUGCAGAAACUACCAGAGGGAGCCCCGGGACCCAAAAUGGGUGUGGACGGACCCUUUGGCACAGCCAGCGAGGACGUAUUCGACUACGAGGUCAGCAUGCUGGUCGGUGCCGGCAUCGGAGUCACUCCCUUCGCCUCCAUCCUCAAGUCCAUCUGGUACAAGUUCAAAAUCUCCAACUCCAAACUGCGCACCAGGAAGAUUUACUUCUAUUGGCUCUGCCGGGAAACACACGCCUUUGAGUGGUUUUCUGACCUGCUGCAGGUGCUGGAGAGAGAGAUGGAGGAGAGAGGAAUGGGGAAUUUCCUCACCUACAAACUCUAUCUGACUGGAUGGGAUCAAAAUCUUCGUUUUCAUGAAGGGGUUCACUUUGAAGAGGACACAGAUGUGGUCACUGGGCUCAAACAGAAAACUCACUAUGGCAGACCCGCCUGGGACAAGGAGUUUGAACAAGUCCGCAAAGAGAACCCCACGUCUGUGGUUGGGACUUUCCUUUGUGGCCCUGCAGUUCUAGCAAAAGUCUUAGAAAAGAAAUGUGCCAAAUACUCAGAUGUGGAUCCUCGGAAGACCAAAUUUUACUUCAACAAGGAGAACUUCUGAGAGAAAGAAAACAAGGAAGCAGCAUUUGGGCUUUUUAAGACCAACGACCUGUACACUCUAUACUGCACACUGAUAAAAAAAAAGCAGGGCAUGUCUUUUUAUCAGCAGAACUCAGGGACAGGCUUUCUGCACACCUUUCUUCAUUUUUUGUGAUCGACUGACUCAUGGCUUUUACGGUCAAUUGCAGAUAUCACUUUGUAUGAUUGAUUUUAAAGGUGAAGUUCUGGCGAAGCCCUCGUAGAUCUUGAUGAGCUGACACUACAGAUUAUAAAGUAGUGUGUUACCGUUACAAGACAUCAGGACCUCCAAGUUUUUGUCUGUGUAGUACACUAGUUGUUAGCACAUCAUAUAAUAAGUACGGCUAUUUUCUUGUGUGAAUGU